AUGGAUUACUUGCAGGAGAUAAAAGAGGAAGUGCGAUUGCAGGAGAGGAGCGAGAGCCUGGGGCUGGGGCUGCAGCUGAUGACGCCCACGGAAUCUAUACAUGAGGCGCAGGAGAUACUGGAGAGCAGGGACGCGGAUAUUACAAUGGCGGAUCUCUCCAAGGCGCUCGAGAUACCGACCACGCCCGUGGUGGAGAUCGAGUCUGUCUUUGCGGACUCGCCGCUGCUCUUGCAUGCCGUGGAUACCACGCCAAUUGCGCAUGGCGGAAGCGAUAUAGGCCUUGGGUUUCUCCCCGCAUCGCCGGUGGUGCAGAAACUGAGAUCUAACUCGUACUCUGCCUCCAUCAACAACAACAUGACCUACCAUUUCAACGCAACGAUACUGAGUAACGUGGCAGAUACUACCAACACGGGCACAACAGCCAGCAUGGGCGCAAACAGCCCUAACCCUAAUUUAUUGAGUCCCAGAUCCCUGGGGUCGUCUUUCAAGAAGCAUGUUGUACAGAGAGGUGCAUCCGUGGACGCUGUCUCUCUAGAUCUCCACACAAGGGAAUACACCGCCGAGUCACCGGGCUACUUCGAUAUAGGUGACUCUAAGAGAAACUCAUUACAGAAAUUCAGAAGCAGCUUGAACAUAGCAACAGCCCACUCAAGCAGCAAACUACUACAAAGAAGAAACUCAAGAGCCUCUAUUUCAGCUUCUAGCCCCAUGUCCAACCUGGGUUACUUUGAAGACUACAACCACAACUAUACAAGAUCCAGGAAAGGCUCAAUUGCAUCCGCGACUACAACAGUAACUCAAAGAAACACCUCUUUGGGGAGUAAUGUAAGAAGAAGCUUAUCGAAAAUUGCAUCAACUACAGGAACGAUAAAGCGGGCAUUCUCAUCGGCUUCAUUAAAUGCAAACAACGCAAAAACUGCCAACCCCGAAGGCAAUAGUAACGAUAAUGGCUUUCAUGAGACUAUGAGCCAUAGCUUUAGCAGGAUGUCCCAAAAUAGUGGGAGAAAUUCUGUUGCAGAUGUAAGAAAUGGUAUGUUUAAUCUGCAUAUAUCUCGCGAGAACUCAGCAUAUUUGGAGCCCAAUACAAUCUCAGAUGACGAGCUGUCUAAUUCAAGCUCUACUUUUACGAAUAAAAUGCUAUUGGAAGAUGGAUAUUCUCUGCAAAAUAGUACGCCAGUUGAAAAUUGGUCCAAUACUGGUUUCGUAGGUAUCAAAUCUCAAGGAAAUUAUCGAGAAGACAGGGGUGAAGAUGACAAGUUUUUAGUUGAUAUCGAUAAACUAACUACUGAAGUACCCGUUAUAUCAGUAACCGAUAGACUUGGCUCGAAGAAUUCUACACCCUUGAUAGAACAAAGUAGUAUUGUAAAUGCUGAGGUGAAAUGCAAGGGCCGCAAUAGAAACAACUCUAACGCUUCAUCAUUGGCCAGUGGUAGUACCCAGAAAAUGGGUCUGGAUGAGUACAUUAAAGUUCUAAUAGGCCAACAAAAUCUGGAAGACGAGAGACUUGAAUAUUUAGAGAAACGAUUCAAAGAGUGCGGCUGGUGUUCAGAAGAAGAGUUACAAACCAUAAGAAGAAAAAGAGUUAUGAUUAACAGAAAAUGGGCGAACAAAAUAUCUCGCUAUCAGAACAAAUUAGAAUUAUGA